AUGUCUCACGAAGAGGUGUGUACCCCAGAUUCACGCGGAAGGCUGUCACAUGAUCCAGAUCACACCUUUACGUACUCGACUCUUCUCGAGAAUGCAAUCUUCAGCUUCUCCUUAACUACCAUGGCCAGAUUAUCCGGACUACAAAGAGAAGUUCUCAAGCUUUACAGAUCUUGCAUGAGAGCUGUGAGAACAAAGCCUGUGGAAAACCAGGAGCAUUGGCGGUUGUAUGUUCGUGAGGAAUUUGGUAAGCACCGCAAGCUCCCAAAGAAGUCUUUCUCAGUUAUAGAGCAUCUACUUCGAGUUGGUCACCGUCGCUACGAGAUGUACUCGAAUCCAAACAUCAAAGACAUCCAUUAA